GGAGGUGAGGAGACGUCGCCGGGUGAGGAAGCGGGGGGCUAGCGGCCUGGCGCAGCGGCGACCGACCGGGGCGUCAGGAUCCCUGGCCCCUGGAGAGCGAAGGGCGGGCGGGUCCCGGAGCUCGGUACAGUUCGGACCUCCACGCCGCAGCGAAAGACUUCUGUCCCCCAGGCACCUUCACUAACCCGGUGCGGAGCACUUGGCGACGCCUCCCUGCCCAUCUCAUAUCUCUCGGCUCAUCGCUGCUCUGGGCACCAGCUGCCUCUUGGCUGGCGCUGCUGACACACGGUGGACUGUUCUGGCCUUACUGAGCUGCCGUUUGGGGACAUCAGAUUCAGGUCGUAUGGGGAGAAACGAGUGUAACUUUACAAGCAAGAAGAAUUGUACAGAAAUGUAAAAAACAUUUAUGUGUGCUUCAAAUGUGGCAUGAAAAAAAUCAGGACCUCUGGUCAAAAUUGCCUGAGUUCAGAAUUUCAUGCUGGAAGGAAAGUUAGAUGUAACUUCUAAUUUCUAGUUCCAAUAAGCAUCUCUUCUUGGAAAAUUUCCAAAAAAGAGUCCUGCUCUGUUGCCCAGGCUGGAGUACAUUGGUGUGAUCAUGGUUCACUGCAGCCUUGACCUCCCAGGCUCAAGCAAUUCUCCUACCUCAGCCUCCUGAGUAACUGGGACUAUAGGAUUUCUUUGAAGAAAAAUGUGCUUCUUGAAUCAACUGCAGUCUCUCCUCUACAUAAGAGCUCUUAAGGGUACUAGCAAGAUAGAAGCAAAUGAAACUGAAAGCUCAUCUGCAGCUCAGAAAAGCAAAGACAUGGAAUUUUAAAGAGUGAAGGUAGCAUAGUGUCGGCCAUGGGUGAACAAGGCACAGCCAGACAAUGUGGACCAAUUUCUUCAAACUACGGCUUUUCUGCUGUCUGCUUGCAGUGUUGAUGGUGGUGGUGCUGGUCAUCAAUGUUACUCAGGUAGAGUACUUGGACCAUGAGACUGUUUCAGCCACUUUCAUCGACAGCAGUGGACAGUUUGUUUCCUCCCAGGUGACAGGAAUUAGCCGAAAUCCCUACUGUGGCUAUGAUCAGCAGACCCUGUCCAGCCAGGAGCGCAUGGAGGAGGACUCCUUGCUGGCUGCCUUGCACCGGCAGGUUCCUGAUGUGGGCCCAGUCCCCUUUGUGAAGAGCACUGACCCUUCUUCCAGCUACUUUGUCAUCUUGAACUCUGCUGCCUUCUUUAAGGUGGGAAGCCAGCUGGAGGUGCUGGUUCAUGUGCAGGAUUUUCAAAGAAAGCCCAAGAAGUAUGGUGGAGACUACCUGCAGGCCAGAAUUCACUCCCCCAAGCUGCAGGCCGGGGCUGUGGGCAGGGUGGUGGAUUACCAGAAUGGGUUUUACAAGGUUUUCUUUACUUUGCUAUGGCCAGGCAAAGUUAAAGUGUCCGUAUCUCUGGUCCACCCCAGUGAAGGGAUCAGAGUUCUUCAGCGCUUACAGGAAGAUAAACCAGACAGGGUCUAUUUCAAGAGUCUCUUCCGUUCAGGAAGAAUUUCUGAAACUACUGAGUGCAACGUGUGUCUUCCUGGGAAUCUGCCCCUGUGUAACUUUACAGACCUCUAUACUGGGGAGCCCUGGUUCUGCUUCAAACCAAAGAAGCUCCCUUGCAGCAGCAGAAUUACCCAUUUCAAAGGUGGAUACCUGAAGGGUCUCCUAACCGCUGCAGAGAGUGCUUUCUUCCAGAGUGGUGUCAAUAUCAAAAUGCCAGUCAACUCCAGUGGACCUGAUUGGGUAACUGUGAUUCCCAGGAGAAUAAAAGAAACUAACAGUCUAGAACUAUCUCAAGGCUCAGGAACUUUUCCUUCUGGGUAUUAUUAUAAAGACCAGUGGAGGCCCAGAAAGUUUAAGAUGCGUCAGUUUAAUGACCCUGACAACAUUACAGAGUGCUUACAAAGAAAAGUGGUGCAUUUAUUUGGUGACUCAACAAUCAGGCAAUGGUUUGAAUACCUUACUGCAUUUGUUCCAGAUUUAGUGGAGUUUAACUUGGGUAGUCCCAAGAAUGUGGGUCCCUUCCUUGCAGUGGACCAGAAGCACAACAUCCUGCUCAAAUACCGCUGCCAUGGUCCACCCAUCCGCUUCACGACCGUCUUUAGCAAUGAGCUCCAUUAUGUGGCGAAUGAGCUGAAUGGCAUUGUGGGAGGGAAGAACACAGUGGUUGCCAUAGCUGUAUGGUCUCACUUCAGCACCUUCCCUUUGGAAGUGUACAUCCGGCGGCUCAGGAACAUCCGUCGAGCAGUGGUUCGGCUCCUCGAUCGAAGCCCAAAGACCGUGGUGGUCAUCCGGACGGCCAACGCCCAAGAGCUGGGACCUGAGGUGAGCCUUUUCAACAGCGACUGGUACAACUUUCAGCUGGACACCAUCCUUCGGAGGAUGUUCUCAGGGGUUGGAGUAUAUCUCGUCGAUGCCUGGGAGAUGACCCUGGCCCAUUAUCUACCGCACAAGCUGCAUCCAGAUGAAGUUAUUGUGAAGAACCAGCUGGACAUGUUCUUGUCCUUUGUGUGCCCCUUGGAAACCUAGCCUGUCUUGGAAGGGACUGGAGGAAUCAUAUUCAAUGACCUUCUCAAUUGACCUGAGUUACAGAAAGUGGCCCCAGUGAGAGAUGACUGCCCUUAAUAAGUAUAAAAUUUCAAAAAGAUCUGGACUUAAUAUGAUGACUUAUAAGGAGCUUAGAAAAUGCAGGUUACAUUUAUAUCUACCUAUAGGAUUUUAUCCAAUGUUGACUUAGCCAUGGUAGAACUCUUAACUGCAUCUACACACUAUAUUGCUCUUGUAACCAAAGAUGCUAAUGAGUGUAUUUGAAUUAGCUUCUCCUGGGAGGGGUGACUACUUUGCUAAAGAGUAUGAAAAAUGUUUUGAUGGAAGGGACAAGUUUGGUUGGUAGUAGAGUGUUUGUAGCUUAUCUGGUAAAGGAAAUUGAGUGCAUCUGCAUGCAUAGCACAAGUAAUCCAUCUUCUGGCGGUUAACUAGAGAAAGCUUAUAGUCAGAGGCUCUUGUGAAUGCACUGAAGACUGCUGUGUCUCAGGAGUUUCUCUUGAUGAUCUACCUUUUCUGAAUUACUUGAAAAGGCCAAUGUGCUUGGUUCGAGUUUUUUAGUGAAUAUUUACAAUUUCCUGCUUUUAUCUAGAAAAGAAGCAAAAGGGAAAUAUGAAAGCAGUAUAUAUAAAAUCUGUGCUUUGGAAUUGAUAUUUGUAUUUGGUGAUUUUUUUUUAUUUGAUUCAGCUAAAUUUUAUGUGUUGAAUACUUACUCUAGAAUAACUACUUUUGGAACUGGAAGGGGGAAAUCUGUAAAUGGAAAUUUAUUUUUAUGUUCUGAAAUUUGAGGGUUUAGGAAUUGACUUUUGUGUAAAGAAUGCUACGGUAUUAUAAAGCUGUGGAAGUUUUUUCCACUAGUUUCAGGUGUUUUUUUUUUUGUUGUUGUUGUUAUUUUGAACUACUUACCAAAAUUAGAAGUUAAAAUCUAAUUAGAAAUUAAUAAGAUACUAAAAUUCAUGACAGUUUUUUGUUCGUUUGUUUGUUUGUUUUUUGGUAUUUCUUGAUUUGGGCAUAAAAGGCACACCCAUUCUCUCAUGCUUGGAAGAAGCUGCUAUUCCUACUGGCUAUCUAAGAAGAAUGGAAUUAUUAAUUUUAUUUGACUUAUUAAUUUUAAACGAGUUUAAUUUGGGAUCAUUUAGUAAGUACUCUUUUCUUUUUGAGCUGUGAUAGAUUAUAGUCUAGUUUAAGUUGCUCCUAAGUAGACAGAUGAAGAAACUAGGGAGGCUUUAGAGAGGAAGACAGAUGCUUGAAGUAUGAACAAUAUAUACCCUUAGAAGAAUGGGUCAAAUAAUUUGGGUUUUUAAUUUAAAAUAGGAGGGCCCCAGAUCUUACUUUCCUGUCCUUGAGGAACACCUUCAAGUUUUUAAAGUAUUUUAGAGGGAAAGAAGAUUUUUAAUUGUUUCUGAGCCUAAUGAGGUAAUAAAAUAUAUUAAAAUAGUUUAAUUUUAAUGGUCCUUACGCUUUACAGUACCUAAGGAUCACUUGUAGUAUCUGACAAAAAUGCAGAAUUAAAGAGUCAUGGCAGGGUGUGGUAGCUCAAGCCUGUAAUCCCAGCACUUUGGGAGGCCAGGCAGGAGGAUUGCUUGAGGCCAGGAGUUUGAGACCAGCCUGGGCAACAUAGUAAGACCUCAUCUCUACAAAAAAUAAAAAAUUAUCCAGGUGUGGGCCGACAGUCCCAGCUACUAGGGAGGCUAAGGCAGGGUGAUUGAUUGAGCCCAGUAGUUUGAGGCUGCAGUGAGUUAUGAUUGCGCCACUACACUCCCACUUGGGCAACAGACAAGAGAUCUUAUCUCUAAAAAAUUUUUGUUAAAUAAUAAAAGAAUUAAGGCCAGGGAUGUUGGCUCACACCUGUAAUCCCAGCAGGGAUUAUAGUCUCGGGAGGCUGAGGUGGGCGGAUUGCUUGAGCCCGGAAGGUCAAGACCAGCCUGGGUGCCAUGGUGAAACCCCAUCUCUACAAAAAAAUACAAAAACUAGCUGGGUGUGGUGACACCACCUGUAGUCCCCGCUACUUAGGAGGCUGAGGUGGGAGGAUUGCUUGAGCCCAGGAGGCAGAAGGUUGCAGAGGUUGCAGUGAGCCUUGAUUGUGCCACUGUACUCCAGUCUGGGCAACAGGGCAAGACCCUGUCUCUAAAAAAAAAAAAAAAAAAAAAAAAAGAGGGACCAUGAUGCCUCUGGGAUUUAUGAAACCAACCUUUUUGGCGAGUGCUCAGUGAUUCUGAUGCAAUGGUGGUAUUCCACACUGUGAGAAACACUAAGAGAAGAGGUAAGAUAGAAUGAGGGAAUAAACAUGGCUUGUUUAUUAUUUUGGGGGAUUUACCAAUAACUAGUUUAAUUCUGUUCAUGAUCCAAUAGUAUUGGUGAUAUUAGCUCCAUUUUAUAGAUGAGGAACUCAUGUUUAGAUCUGAAAUAAGGUAUGUGAGAGUCCAUAUCUCUUUUCAGCUAAACUUGUGAGACUUUCGUAAAGAAGUGUUUGUAUUUAUUUAUUUGUUUUUGAGACAGGGUCUUGCUCUUUUGCCCAGGCUGGAGUGCAGUGGCAUGAUAUGGCUCACUGCAGCCUUGACUUCCUGGGCUCAAGGGAUCCUUCUGCCUCAGCCUCCUGAGUAGCUGGGACUACAGGUAUGUACCACCAUGCCCAGCUAAUUUUUGUAUCUUUUUGUAGAGACUACAUUUUGCCAUGUUGUCCAGGCUGGUCUUAAACUCCUGAGCUCAAGCAUCUGCCCACCUCAGCUUCCCAAAGUGCUGGGAUUACAGGUGUGAGCCACUGUGCCCAGCCGAGAGUUUUUCUUGUCGUGAAAGAACUUGACAUUUCCUCAAGGAUUUAUAAAGGAGGCUGAGGAGUAAUUUUCCCAGGAGAAUUUUAAAAAGAAAGAGGGCAUUGCUCCUCCAGUGGUUUGGAAUGAUGCCACUUGAUUGUGCAAAUGAUUUCUUAUGAUCUUGUCUGGUUUUCUGUUAUUUUUUGAUUUGGUGACAUAGCUCUCAAAGAUUUGGUGACACAGCUUCUUGAGUCACUUUCAUCUCUCUUAAAAAAAAUUUUUUUUUAACAACUUUUAAGUUCAGGGGUACAUGUGCCAGUUUGUUUCAUAGGUAAACUUAUGUCAUGGGGGUUUGUUGUAUAGAUGAUUUCAUCACCCAGGUGUUAAGCCUAGUACCCAUUAGUAAUUUCUCCUGAUCCUCUCCCUCCUCCUACCCUCCACCCUCCAAGAGACCCCAGUGUGUGUUGUUGCCCUUUAUGUGUCCAUGUGUUCUCAUCAUUUAGCUCUCACUUAUCAGUGAGAACAACUUUCAUCCCACAUCUAAUUUGUCUUUCUUCACUCUGGUGUGGAAAUUUGAUAGAGAUUCCAAUAUCACUUAAACGUUUCCCAGAAUAUUUAGAUAGAAUAAUUUAGUUUCUUCUGAAAAGUUUAUUUUAGGCUAGUGCCACAUGGUUGUGAAUAUUAGCAUGGUAGCCAAAUAAUAGUUUGUUUAAAUGUAUAUUUCCCAAUAUAAAUAUAAGGGGCAUCAUAAUUUUUAAAAACUAUAAAAUCUAGAAGAAAAAUCUAUGGAUAAAAUCCAUAAUUCUAUCAUCUGAAUGCAAUGAACAUUAGCAUUUAGGUAUAUUUUCUUGCAGGUUUUUUAACCAUAUACUUAUAGAGAAUAUGUAAUUUGGGUCUGUGUUUUUUACAUAUAAAUAUUUUUCUAUGUUAAAUAGUCUUCAUAAGUUAAUUAUAAAGAUCUGCUUAAUAGUUCCGCUACUGCAGUUUUCAUUAUUAGAUAAGUUGGUCAUUAUGGUUGGACAUUUAGGUUUACAAUAUUAAAGCAGUGGUUUAUAUCAAUUUCAGUGGUUUAAAAUAUGAAUUUCUAUUUUGGAAUGAAAGUAUUAAUUUAAUGUAGUGAAUCUCAUAUUCCAGAACUGAGAUGAUUGAUUUGAUGCUAUUUGUGACAGACAGAACCCAUAAUAAAGCCUUUCUAUGCAAAUUACAUUUUAUAGAAUUAUCCUACUAAAAGUAACCUUUCUUCAGUGAAUGCAAAACAGACCUUUGGUGUUCCAGUAUGAUUCAUUUUGCCAUUCUGAACAACUAUCAUUUUAAUUAAGACCAUUUAACUGACACUUCCUGGAUUCAGUUAUUAAGUUUCAGAUUGAAACUUGAUCCAGUUUAAUAACUGAAUCCAGUUUCACAUUUAUCAAUCUGAAAACUUAGUUUGCAGAUUGGUAAAUCAGGGUACUUGACAAGAAUAAAUAUGGUACGCCUUUAUAUAUUCAUGUGUUACAUGCCAGAAAUGAGUUUGUUUCUGGACCCUGUUCAAGGAAAUAGUGAUGACUGAGAGAGGUACAGGGAAAUAAACACCCAAGGGAAACAACAGAAAUAAGCCUCCCCCAACUUUCUAAAAAACUGCUCAGCAUUAUCUCUGUGGGUUCUGGGUAAAUUCAGCUUUUUAACAUCAGCUAGUCACUAAUGCCAGAAAUUCCACUUCAAGUGUAUUUAUUUUCUUGUGUUAAGCAUUAUUCUACCUGGUUUAUGUCUACAAUGUAGUAUUAGUGUACUUAGGAUUCUUGACACCUCAGUGUGCAAUAAAUAAAAAUUUGAAGUUGUUGUUUUUCAUUUGAAGGUGAGACCACAGCCCCUGAGUGCUAAGGGGACCUGGGAAUCCUAGGGGAAUGGAGGUGGUGGAAGAUAAGAGGAUGGUUGAGGGCAGGAGUUUAAAGGACACAGAAGCUAGGAGAGCAGAAAAUGUACUCCACUAACUUCAGUCUAACUUGUCUCUUAAAAGUGCUUUUACAUUUUAACUUUUUUAAAAAAUGUGGGCCGGGCACAGUGGCUCAUGCCUGUAAUCCCAGCACUUUGGGAGGCCGAGGUGGGCGGAUCACCUGAGGUCAAGAGUUCAAGACCAGCCUGACCAAUAUGAUGAAACCCCAUCUCUACUAAAAAUACAAAAAUAGCCGGGCGUGGUGGCACAUGCCUGUCAUCCCAGCUACUCAGGAGGCUGAGGUGGGAGAAUCGCUUGAACCCAGGAGGUGGAGGUUGCAGUGAGCCGAGAUCAUGCCAUUGCACUCUAGCCUGGGCAACAAGAGUGAAACUCUGUCUCAAUAAAUAAAUAAAUAAAUAAUAAAAAAGUGUGAACUUAAAUAUAUUUAUAUGUGUGUACAUAUAUUUUCUUUUUUAAUAUUCUGGUUAAAUGAGAGGCCAUCGGGCCUCUUUUUGUUUUAAGAGUCUAAUGAUGUGUAUAUCUAAUGCCCAUUCCAGCUGGAUUGUAACACUGCUUGGGGAAGAUAACUUAAAAAAAAGUAGUACCGAGAUUACAGCAGCUAGUGUCCUAAAUGGAAAAGAAGUGAAACUAAAUGUCAUAGGAGAAAUCCUUUCAGUUUUGUGCAGUGGUUCAUUUGCUGUUAAAUCUACCCCAUUACCAUUCCCCUUACCCCUUGAAAAUAAAGUGAUCUUCAUGUUA